AUGGCAUCUACUCAAAACAAUCAUCUGACGAUGCGUCGACGGAACGAGACAGGAACGAGAGGGAAUGCCUACACUAACAUCGAAUUGACAAUACACCAACGGACGCUCACGGGUGGAAAACCGUACGAAUGUGACGUGUGCCGUAAGUCGUUCUCCCAAAGUCAUAGUUUGACCAGUCACAAGCGAACGCACACUGGAGAAAAGCCGUACAAAUGUGAUGUGUGCCAUAAGUCGUUCUCCCAAAGUCAUAGUUUGACCAGUCACAAGCGAACGCACACUGGAGAAAAGCCGUACCCUUGUGACGUAUGCGACAAGUCGUUCUCUGUGAAAUGCAAUCUUAUCAAGCACCAGCGGAUGCACACUGGAGAAAAACCGUACCGUUGUAUGGUAUGCGACAAGUCGUUCUCUUAUAGAAGCACUUUGACUAGUCACCAACGGACGCAUACAGGUGAAAAGCCGUACCGUUGUAUGGUAUGCGACAAGUCGUUCUCUUAUAGAAGCACUUUGACUAGUCACCAACGGACGCAUACGGGUAAAAAUCCGUACCACAGCGACGUGUGA